AUGGAUAUGGAGAAUCUUCUGAAUGAGAUCUUGCACCUGACAGGGCCUGCAAUUAGCUUCAUCAUCACUAGAAUUAUUGCCCUGGUAGCUGCCAUUGCCACCACAGCCACUGCUGCUGUUUUGCUCACUCAUAAAGAAUUUGUCAUUGAAAAUGACUUAAAUGAGACCAGACCAGAGGAGGAAGCCCAGCAACAAGCCAGACCAGAGGAGGAAGCCCUGCACCAGGCCAGGCCAGACCGGAGGAGGAAGUCCAUCAACCCUGAAAACCCAUCAAAGGGGUCUCAGGCGGCAACAGAGCAAUUUCCUUCUUCUCGGGGCGAUCUGACGGGUGGCGAGGUUGGAGUGACUCUGGGGCAGCCGCACCUUUCUCGGCAGGAUCUCGCCACGUUGGACGUUACCAAAUUGACUCCACUUUCACAUGAAGUUAUCAGCAGACAACCCACGAUCAAUAUAGGAACAAUUGGUCAUGUUGCUCAUGGGAAAUCUAUAGUUGUAAAAGCUAUUUCUGGUGUUCACACUGUGAGGUUCAAAAAUGAACUGGAAAGGAAUAUUACCAUCAAGCUUGGAUAUGCUAAUGCCAAGAUUUAUGAACUUGACCACUCAAGUUGUCUUUGGCUAGAAUGUUAUAGAUCUUGUGGAAGUAGUACACCUGAUGAGUUUCCUACAGAUAUUCCAGGGACCAAGGGAAACUUCAGACUAGUCAGGCAUGUUUCCUUUGUUGACUGUCCUGGUCAUGAUAUUUUGAUGGCUACUAUGCUCAAUGGUGCAGCAGUAAUGGAUGCAGCUCUUCUGUUGACAGCUGGUAAUGAAUCUUGUCCUCAACCUCAGACUUCUGAACACCUAGCUGCCAUAGAAAUUAUGAAGCUGAAACAUAUAUUGAUUCUGCAAAAUAAAAUUGAUUUGGUAAAAGAAAGUCAAGCUAAAGAACAGUAUGAACAGAUCCUUGCAUUUGUUCAAGGUACAGUAGCUGAAGGAGCUCCUAUUAUUCCAAUUUCUGCUCAGCUGAAAUAUAAUAUUGAAGUUGUCUGUGAGUAUAUAGUAAAGAAAAUUCCAGUGCCUCCAAGAGACUUUACUUCAGAACCUCGGCUUAUUGUGCUUAGGUCUUUUGAUGUUAAUAAACCUGGCUGUGAGGUUGAUGACCUUAAAGGGGGUGUAGCUGGUGGUAGUAUUUUAAAAGGAGUGUUAAAGGUGAGCCAGGAGAUAGAAGUCAGACCUGGUAUUAUUUCCAAAGAUAGUGAAGGAAAACUCAUGUGUGAACCAAUCUUUUCCAAAAUUGUUUCACUUUUUGCUGAACAAUAUGCUCUUCCGGGGGGUCUUAUUGGAGUUGGAACCAAAAUUGACCCAACCUUGUGUCGAGCUGACAGAAUGGUGGGUCAGGUACUUGGUGCAGUUGUAGCAUUACCUGAGAUAUUUACAGAACUGGAAAUUUCCCACUUUCUACUUAGAUGGCUACUAGGUGUGCGUACAGAAGGAGACAAAAAAGCAGCAAAGGUACAGAAGCUGUACAGGAAUGACGUGCUUAUGGUGAACAUAGGAUCCAUGUCUACAGGAGAAAGAGUUAGUGCAGUUAAGGCUGAUUUGGGUAAAAUAGUUCUCACUAUUCCUGUGUGCACAGAAGUAGGAGAAAAAAUUGCCCUUAGCCGAAGAUUUGAGAAACACUGGCGUUUAAUUGGUUGGGGUCAAAUAACAAGAGGAGUGACCAUCAAGCCAACAAUAGAUGAUGAAUGAAGAAUUACAGUUAAAUAAUAUGUUUUGAUGAAACCAGAAUUUUCUAAACAACCUACGGGUACAUUUUAAAGCAAAAACUAGGAAAUUUAUUUCACAUCUCAUUAUUUUAGAAGCUGUCAGGUUAUUUUCAUUUUUGUUAGGAAAUCUAAAUAUAUGCCACUUAAAUAGCAGGGUCUCUAGUCUCUAAUAAAUAUAAAAAUUGGUAUGUUAAUGGACGUAAUCUACAUUUUAGUAGAAGUUGAUUACUGCCAGUCAUUUUCAGAUUUAUAUGUCAAUGCAGCUUUGAAAUGAAAUUGGUUAGUACAGCCAGGUUUUGCUGUGUCACAUGUAAGUAAACUUGCUUCAAAUAAAGUUUUUCUUCUUAAUUUCUCAUGAUUCAUGUUUGAGUAUUGCCAGGAUUCAAGGACUACUGCACCAGUAGAAGUUUUAAAAGAUGUGUUCUUGAACACUGGCUCUAU